CCCCCGCCCCACCCGGCCCGCGAAAGGAGGCGGAAAGCGGACAGCCUCCCCACCGCCCUGCCCCGGGCGCCACUCCCAGCUCCUCCGGCUCGGCACGUCCUCAGGGCAUCGCCUGGGACAGGAUCGCGCUGCGCAGACGCCAUGGAGGUGCUGCUCAUCCUGCUGUGCGGCCUGCUGGCCCCCACCGUCCUGGCCAGUGCCAGUGAGCAGGAGAAGGAACAGGACCCUUUUCAUUAUGAUUACCAGACCCUGCGGAUCGGGGGAUUGGUGUUUGCCGUGGUCUUCUUCUCGGUCGGCAUCCUCCUCAUCCUGAGUCGCAGGUGCAAGUGCAGCUUCAGCCAGAAGCCCAGGGCCCCGGGCGACGAGGAGGCGCAGGCGGAGAACCUCAUCACUGCGAAUGCAGCAGAGCCCCAGAAAGCGGAGAACUGAGGGGCCCUCGCGGAGAACCCGGAGGCAGCCGCCUGGACCUUCAGAUGCGAAUGUCGAUGCUUAAGAAAACCAGCCACUCCAGCAGCAGCUCUUUCCCGAGAAGUCAAGGACCCGCGGCUCCCGCAUCCCCAUCCCCGUGAACAGCCCUCCACUUAGUGCCGCGACUGAACCCGCCUUCCCACGCAGCGUGACGUGUCCACGCCCGUGACGUGUCUGUGUGUGUCUGUGUGUGUGUGUGUGUGAUGCCUGUGGUCUUCGUGGCUGCUUGUCUGUGGCUGUCGCUGUUUCCUGAACCUGGACUCACCUCCUGGGCUGGAGCUGAGGCGCGUCACCAUCAGCUCCUCCUGCUCCCCGUGCGCCCCCCGCGCCCCCGCCCCAUCCGGGGUCUGCUCGCUCCUGAGACCAGUCCCUCUCUUGAGUGGAGGUGGUGAGGGUGGGGCCCGGGAGGGAGUCUCCCCUCGUGGGGACUUGGGAAGCUGUGCACCAGCUUUGUGAUCUUCCUCAUGGCCUCUGCCCUCCUUUUCCAGAACCUGUUUCCACAUCCCACCCCUGACCCGGCCUGUGCUGAGGGUCUCUUAGCAACGGAGGCUCACAGCCAGGAGCUGGGAGCCAGCUGUGCUUCAGGCCGCGAGCCCUCCCGGCCUCUUCUCCUGGGACUCUCCCGCCUCCCCUCUGCCCCGCCCCUUGCAGAGGCCAGGCAGGCAGGCCGGCUCCCCUGGGAAUGUGCCCUUGCAUAUCUUCUCAGCAAUAACCCCUUGGGCUCUGGACCCCCGCCCCCGCCACCUCCCCGCUUCCGAGACUCUGACUCAUAGCCCAGCUCCUCUGUUCUCGGACCCCCACCCUCGCGCUGGGUCUGGGGCAGGCGAUCCAUUCUGUUGGGGCCGGCUUCCCGGGAGGCAGCGGGGAGAGCCAGGGGCCUCCAUCUGUCCAUGCCAGGGGUCCUCAAACUGUGGCCCGCGGGCCACAUGCGGCCGCCGAAAACAUGUAUCCGGCCCGCCGGGUGUUUUUGCCGCCGCUGCCUGUCCUGCUUAGCAGCCGACUCGUCCCGGGCCCGCGGUGCGCAUGUGUGGAAUGUCUGAGGGACAGUGAACUGGCCCCCUGUUUAAAAAGUUUGAGGACCUCUGGUCCAUGCCGUGGCCAGGUGAGCAGUGAUGGCCGGCGCCCUCCCUCCACCUGUCACUGCCAGAGUGGGGGGUGCAGUGGCCUUGUUGUUGGAAAACAGACAGAGGUCAAAGGUCAUAAAGAGAGUGGGAAGCCAAACCAGCCCUGCCCCUCCCGUGCAUCGUGUUACCGUGGAAACAAGGCGAGCGUGUGAUGGACUGUUGUCUGCUGUGAUCUGUCCUCUCCACACGGAAUAAAAUACCAUUUGUUUCCUG